GUUUCGAAAAGAAAAAUUAGAAAAGGAUAGAAAAAAAUAGAAGAAAAAUUACAAAUCGCGCUUUUAUUUUAUUCAUGCAAACGAUUUAAUUAACAAAUAUCUUUCACUUUUUAACGUAUUAAAAAAGUAGCAAUUUUUAUAAAAAAAUAUUUUCUAAAUAUAAAAUAUAUUUUUUCCCAUAAUAAAAGAAAGUAUCAUUUUUUUAAAAAAACCUAUCAUCUUCUAAACCCACAAAAAUUUGCUGCGAAAUAUUUAAAAGCAGUUAGAGUUAUUAAAAAAGGAAAAAGCGAUUCUCCUAUUUCGAAUGCUUCCAUAACAAUUCAGUAAUCCCACGAGGAAUCAAAUUGAUCAGAAGAUAUACAAAGCAGUUAUAUUUGUAUAUUUAUAUAAGUAGCAUAUAGGCAUUAUAUAAUAGCCCCCUGGCAUUUGUCACAAUAUCCUCUAAACUUUUUAGAAGACUUUCUAAAUUUUUACUUACAUAUAACCUUUUACCAUCGUGAAUAAAAAUGAAUACCUUUAACCACAUCGUCAAGAUUGCCCUCUUCACCCUCUUCAUUUACACCUCCGCCAACAACGGAAUUAACGAAAAUGGCCUUGGAAAAGCCGUAGGCUCAAAAAAUAUAAGAUGUCUCUCUGAAGUGAACGGUAAUUAUGCAAGAUCAGAAUUCGGCUCUCAAGGUGAACAAAGCCAAUUUGUCAAUGGGGACAACACAAAUGAACAAAGAGAUGGCAGCAGAGAUAGCUUCGGCUCUCAAAACAGCCAAUGGAGUAACGGCUACCAAAGCCAAACUGGCUCUGACCCACAAAUGCACGAAAGAGUCUACAGAAACAGUGAUGUCCCAGAAUAUUACAACAGCAAUAACAACAUGAGAUACGUAUCCCCAGGAAAUAACUUCAACAAGGAGUUAUAUGAAAAAUUAAAGAACAACGCUGUGUUUAUCAUCCCAGCGUUGCUAGUAGGUUUCUAUGUUCUGAGGAACACCGGAACCCAGAGCUUGUUAAUGUUGGCCGCCAUUGCUGGUAUCCUCAUGUACACGCACCACUACGUUAAAUAAGCAGCUGAACGGGCCAUGUACGUGUGGAUAUGCAUAUGUAUAUGCAUAUGUGUGUGUGUAUGUAUGUAUAUGUAUGCAUAUGUAUAAUGCAUAUCUUAUAAAAAAAAAAAAAAAGUCAGUCCGCAGAUAUGAUGCUCUUUCUUUUACAAGGACUCCCCAAUUUUUUUUAAACACUGUAUAAUAUAUUCCGCGGAAUUAUCACAGCUGUGUUGAGAAUAUUAACACCAUUAUGUACUCUUAUGUUUAUUUAUAUUUAUUUUUCUUCUAUGUGCACCGAUGAUUUUGAAAAUAAAUAAUCCCACAUAAGGACGACAUGGCUGAUUAGCGGCGAAGAAAAAAAAUGCCCCUUAGUUAAAGCCGCGUUUUUUUUUACACUUGCAUUGAAAUGAGAUAAAAAAAAAGGGUUUUAAUACACAAGCGUAGCGAUACACGUGAAUGAAUGAAUGAACAAAUAAAUAUAUAUAGUCCCAAUAUAUAUAUGUCUUUCUCUCCGUAUGCAUGGGCGCACCAUGAGAAGUUUUCAUAUAAGUGGCACAUGUGUAUGUUUAUAAAAAGUGUAUCAUUAUCAUCCCCUACAUAUAUGUUUAUGUGCACGUAUAUAUUUAUAUAUACUUUUUUCUCUUCCAUGUAUUGCAUUUUUUUCUUUUUUUUUUUCCUGGUGAUGUAUAUUUUUUGUUUUAA